CCAAAACCCGCAUCGCGUUCGCGUUCGCGUUCGCGGCCAGUCCACUCUUCUCCUCCUCCUUGCCGAGGUCGCCAUUAAUACCUACCUCGUGCUCCCCCGAGAGAGAGGCCGAGAGCGCCGGCUACCUACCUACCACCUACCUUGCCACCUACCAGCGCUGCCAUGUCGUCGUCCUCGUCGUCGUCGGGUGGCGGGUCGCUCGCGCUCGCGGCGGCCACGGCUGUGGCGGUGUCCGGCUCCCUCGUCAUCUUCCUCUGCCGCGCCGCGAGGUCGGCGACGGCGUCGGGGGAGACGGAGGCCGAGGCCGAGGCCGAGGCUUCCCUGCGCCCCUGCCUCUCCUCCUCAGAGAGGCGGAAGCUGGAGGGGGCCAAGGAGCGGAGGCGGAGGAGCGAGAGGCGGGUGCGCUUCGCCGCCGACGUCGUCGACAAUGAGGGCGCCGCUCGCCCGGCCCGGCGGCUCCCGGCGGGGGCGGCCGAGCCCACGUGCAGGGACGCCGCGGCGGAGCGGAUGCCGGCCAACCGGGAGGCCCUCUACCGCGGCAUGCUCCGCGACCGCUCCUCCCACAGGGUCGCCUACUCCUACUAACCGCCCGCCGCCGGCGAGGCCUCACCGCCGCCGUCGCCUUCCUCGAUUGAUCAGGGCCGCGAUUAAGCGAAAUCAAGCUAAUCACCCUUUGCUUAAUUGCUUUUGGUUAACCCUUUUUCCGUGGUUUUCCGCUCUCCUUUCUCGUGCUUCGGUUGCUUUGGAAGGCAGGCAGCUUGUUGACUUUGUGUGAAUCCAGUUGUUGCACAUCUCUACUGUACAGUGGAUGGAUUAUUAGAUUUCUUUUAGUAUUAUUUUCUUUUUAUUUUCUGUUUUUAUCUCGUUCUAGUUUGUAAAUACUCGAUCUCUUCUUACCUGAAACUAAAAAAGGGGGAAAAAGAGACGAUUUCAUGGCAAAAAGUUAUCGUGAACCCGACGAGAGAUAAAAUUCAAAAA